ACAAAAAAAGCAAGAAAGAAUGGCUGCUUGUUGUAAAAUGUAAAGAGCUUCGCUGCUCAUAUGUAAACGGACGGACACCUAUCUCGAUUCCCCAGUAAGUGCCUCCGCCAUUCAAACGAAAUUUUCGCAAGAAAAUAAGUUCCGGCCACCAUGGCAGGAAAGUUUGGAUUAGGGGAAAGUUUACUUCCAUGUAAGGUCGAAGAAGACCAUCACACUGAGCAAGGAUUUAUGGCAGGUAUACGUGUCACUUAUCAACCGGUUGUUCUGGAAUCGAACCGAAGCCCAUGCCUUGAAAUAGAAGAAGGCCCACCAGGGAUGAAUAAAAAAGUAUACCAGACUCGUAGUUCUAGUGACAAAGAGAAAGCAAAGUACAUGGUUUGGACAAAUGAAAUGGACAAGUGCCUCACCAAGGUACUCGCUGAGCAAGUAAAAAAGGGGAAUAAAGUGGAUAACAUUUUGAAGCCAGCAGCAUUUGCAGGUGCACUGAAAACAUUGAAUGAAAAGUAUGGUUUGUAUUUGACAAAAGAACACAUAAAAAAUCGGCUGAAGACAUGGAGGAAGCAGUUUGGGGUUUUGAAGGAACUGCUUGCUCAUAGUGGAUUUAUGUGGAAUGAGACAAAAAAGAUGGUUGUUGCGGAUAAUUCUGUUUGGAAUGACUACAUCAAGGCACACCCUGAUGCAAGGAUUUUCCGAGAAAAGUCCAUAGAAAACUAUGAUCAAUUAUGUACUAUCCUUGGAAAUGAUCAAGCAAUUGCAAGCCUUUCUGACAAUGUUACAGACAUAGAUGUAACAUUUGCAGUUGAUAAGGGGGAUCCAGAUCUUGCCAUUGUGUCUGAAAUACAAACUGAUGGAAACCAGACUAAAAACUUUAGGUGGACAGUUGCAAUGGACCAUUGGCUUGGAAAGAUUCUUGUAGACCAAGUGAGGAAAGGGCUUAAAGUAGAUAAAGUUUUUCUGACAGAAGCAUAUAACACAGCUGUUUCAGCCGUAAAUGCAAAAUUUGGGCUGCAUCUAACAAAAUUCAAUGUUAAAAAUCGACUUAAAACUUGGAAGAAACAGUUUGAACAGUUAAAGGAAAUUCUGUCUCAUACUGGAUUUAAGUGGGAUGGAACAAAGAAAAUGAUCAUUGCAAAUGAUUCUACAUGGAAUGACUACAUCCGGACACAUCUAGAUGCAAGGACUUUCCGUGGUAGAGUUUUUGAGAACUAUGAUCAGUUCUGCAUUAUUUUUGGCCAUUUUUAUGAGCCUUUGCAUUGGGAUGAAUCUGGGACUUGUGAUGAGCCAGUUGAGGCUCUAAGUGUCUACCCAGUUAACUAUGAUAUCAGUGUAGGAAGGCACAUAAGGUGGACAAGUGACAUGGACAGUUGUCUAUCUGCAAUCCUUGUGCAGCAAAUAAAACAAGGUAACAGAAGCAAAUUUGACUACACAUUGAGACCUGAUGCAUUUGAAGCAUCUGUGUUGGCUAUUAAUGAGAAGUUUCAGCUUUAUUUGACGAAAGAACAUGUUAAAAAUCGUCUUAGAACAUGGAAGAAACAGUAUGCCAUUCUGAAGGAACUUAUGACCCAGAGUGGCUUUGAAUGGGAUGAGAAGCGAAAAAUGGUAAUUGCAAAUGAUUCUGUAUGGACUGAAUAUAUUAAGAAAAAUCCUGAUGCUCGAAUUCUUAAAGGACGAGUUAUCAGAAACUACAAUGAAUUGUGCAUAAUUCUAGGUCAUUGUGAUCCAGCAGAUAGUUCCAUUAAUGGUGCUUGUGCUAAUAUGGGUAUGACUACAGACGAUGGUGUUAUGGAGGUUCAAGAGACAAAAGAAAAAGAAAAAGUUAAGAAUGUUGUGACAUGGACAGAUGAGAUGGAUCAUUGCUUGACAGAGUUGCUAGUCAAUCAAGUAAUGUUGGGAAACAGGCUUGAGAAAUUUUUCAAGACCUCCGCAUAUAUAGCUGCUCUAACUGCUCUAAAUGAGAGAUUUGACCUGAAUUUAACAAAAGAAAACAUUAUAAACCGGUUGAAAAUAUGGAAGAAACAGUAUGACGUUUUGAAGGAAAUGCUCUCUCAAGGGAGAUUUGAGUGGGAUGAGGGAUGUAAGAUGGUUGUUGCAACUGACUUAGCAUGGGAUGAAUACAUUAAGAAACAUCCUUAUGCUAGGCAUUUGAGAGACCGGCAUAUAGAGAAUUACCAUGAAUUAGGUAUGAUUGUUGGUGAUGAGCAAGGAAGUGGAAAUUGGUCUGAAAACUUUGAGAGGUUUGAUGUAAAUCUUACACCUAACUAUGAAGAGCAUGCAGAAGCUCCUGCACUGGUGUUGGCUGAUGUACAGAUAAGCCCUGAUGCUAAUGCAAGUGAUGAAGUGCAGGGUUCAUCUGAGCAGACAAGGGCAAGGCCUUCAUCAUCACAAUCACAUUCAAAGCAACCAUCAAAAAGAAGACGCACCAGUGAUGUUAUGCUAGAAAUGAUGAGUGUUAUGGCUGCAGAUAUCAGUCGAAUCGUCGAUGCAUUGAGUGAAAAUAACAAGACCGUGUGCUUGGAGGAAGUGGUUGAAAAGGUACAAAAUAUGCCGGACUUUGACGACGAUCUCAUCAUUGAAGCUUGUGAGUAUUUAUGUUUUGACGAAAAGAGGGCAUUGAUGUUUUUGAAAUUAGAUGAGAGAUUAAGGAAAAAGUGGUUGUUGAAACGAUUGCGUGGUCAAGGUAGUUAAAUAGAUCUUUUUUUGGUGUGUAUGUAGGUAGUUAAAAUAGAUGUUUGAAGAUGUUGGCAUGUACUUUAGGUACCCCUAGUUUAGGUUGUUACUUUCUGUAAUAAGAAACUAACAUUGAGGGGAAAUGGGAAAAAGUUAUGGAAAGACAAGCUGCUUUAGCUUUCCUUCUGCUGUUGUUGGCUUAUUGCUUUGUACUUAUGGGGUCUGAUUUUGUAUGUAGAGUAAAUGUCCCUUAA